AUGAAUAAUCAUCACCAUCAGCUGACGAUUUCGACUGAAGAUGCUCUAGCCAGCUUGCUCGAGCUAGCAGCCAACGAUGACGUCGAGAGCUUCAAGCUCUCGAUCGAGCGAGACCCUUGUUGUGUGGACGAGAUCGGACUAUGGUACUGUCGUCGGAAGGGGUCCAAACAGAUGGUCAACGAGCAGAGAACACCUCUGAUGGUUGCAGCAACUUACGGCAGUGUUGGUGUGAUGAAGCUGAUUCUCGCCUUCUCUCAGGCCGACAUCAACCAAGCCUGUGGCGUCGACAACACCACCGCGCUUCACUGUGCUGCUUCCGGUGCCGCAGCGAAUGCUGUUGAUGCUGUCAAGCUCUUGUUAUCAGCUGGUGCUGAUCCUAACGUUGUAGAUGGCAACGGUCUGUGUCCGGUUGAUACCAUCGUUGUCCCGCCAAGGCUGCGAGAGAUGAAGCUGACCCUUGAACAGUUGCUUUCCCCCAAUCAAGGUUCUGUGAUUGAGCGGAGUAAUCUGAGGGUUUUCAUUGCCAACAGCAAUCACAAUAACAACUCUCCACCUCUCUCCCCGUCCAUGGAGAAUAAUGGUGCUGAUUCUCCCAUGAAGUAUGGAAGGCUGGACCAGCCGCCUGCUCUAUUCGAGAAGAAGGAAUACCCUAUCGAUCCAUCAUUACCGGACAUCAAGAACAGUGUGUAUUCAACCGACGAAUUCAGGAUGUAUUCGUUCAAGGUCCGACCAUGCUCUCGUGCCUACUCUCACGAUUGGACGGAGUGCCCUUUUGUACACCCGGGUGAGAAUGCUCGUAGGAGGGACCCUAGGAAGUAUCACUACAGCUGUGUCCCUUGUCCCGAUUUCAGGAAAGGUGCAUGCAGACGUGGAGAUAUGUGUGAGUAUGCCCAUGGUGUGUUUGAAUGCUGGCUUCACCCUGCACAGUAUCGCACCAGGCUGUGCAAAGAUGGCACCAGUUGUGCCAGGAGAGUCUGCUUCUUUGCUCAUACCGUGGAAGAACUUCGUCCUUUGUAUGUCUCAACUGGCUCAGCUGUCCCUUCACCUCGCUCCAGCGCCACUUCAGGGAUGGAUUUUGCUGCUGCGAUGAGCAUGCUGCCACCUGGCUCGCCUUCGUCGCCGUUCACUCCACCUAUGUCUCCCUCUGGUAAUAACGGGAUGUCGAAUGCUUGGGGACCACAACAGCAACAAGGGAAUGGUGUUCCUGCAUUGCAUCUGCCAGCAGGAAGUAGUAAUCUCCAGUCGAGUCGGUUGAGAUCUUCCCUUCACGCGAGGGACAUCCCCAAUGGAGGGGACUACAAUGGCAUGCUGCCGGAUUUCGACAUGCAGAUCUUCAACGAGCUAUCUGCUCUCAAUAACAACAACAAUAACAACUCACUGAACCGCUCGGGUCGUAUGAAGAUCCUGACGCCGUCGAACCUUGACGACCUCUUCUCUGCCGAGACCUCGUCGUACUCUCCUAGGUAUGGCGAUCAAGGAAUGGUCUUCUCCCCGACCCACAAGUCAUCGGUUCUGAAUCAUCAGUUCCAGCAGCAGCAAAGCAUGUUGUCUCCCAUCAACACUAACUUCUCCCCAAGGAGCGUGGUUGAUCACCCUGCGGCGCUGUUGCAGAUGUCGUCGCCACGCAAUGUCGUGGAGCCCAUUUCGCCAAUGAGCGCUAGGAUUUCGUUGCUGGCUCAGCGGGAGAAGCAGCAGCUGAGAAGUCUGAGCUCGAGGGAGCUGGGGUCGAGCAUGCCUUCUUCCCUUCUCGGUGGUGGGGGUUCACCGGUGCAUUUGUCGAGGUGGGGCUCGUCGAGUGGGAGACCGGACUGGACUGCGAGCGCCGACGAGCUGGGGAAGCUUCGGAGGUCGAACUCGUUCGAGCUCGAGAGUGGGGACGAGCCAGACUUGUCGUGGGUUCAGUCGCUGGUCAAGGAGUCUCCAUCUGAUAUGAAAGAGAAGAUGAUGCCAAUGCAGCAAGGUAGUGGUAGUGUUCCUUCUUCAGGUGAGAUUAGUUCAAUGAAUGUGAACUCGCAGAUUGAUUCCAUUGAUAACGCCAUGGGAGCAUGGAUUGAGCAGCUCCAGAUUGAUCAGCUUGUGGCUCAGCAGAACUGA